CUACAUACAUAUCUCGCAGUGAUCUAAACUAAACCAGAAAAAAAUAAAUAAAAAUUACAUAAAAACUGUUUUUCAAAUUAAUACAAAUUGGAAAAUUUAAACAAAAAUAUGCCCUACAUUGCAAAAUAAUGUGAAUGUGAAUGGAAAUAAUAAUAAAAACCGAAACUAAAAUAAAUGUAAAAUAUAAAUAUUAAGAAUAAAUAAAAUCUUUCUCACUCCCACCUUUUUAUAUACAAAACUAAACAUGUUUACAUUUCAUAAACAACCAACAGCAACAACAACUAAGAGUAGCAGAAAAAUACAACAACAACAAUACCAACAACAAGAAAAUCCAUGCAUGAUAUAAACAGUUUUGUUUAUAUAUAAAAAAACAACAACAACAACAGAAAUUGUGCUUCUUUUAUUUACCUCAUUUUCCUCUCCUAACAAAAUGAAAACUCUCUCAGGUUGUUGUUGUCGAUGCUGAUGAUGAUGUUGAUGAUAAUUAUUUGUUCAUUCUAUAGUGGGAGUCUUAAAAUGUGCCAAAAUAAAUAACAACAAAAAAGAGAAAUAAUAAAGAAAUACAUACAUUGGUAUAAUAGUGUUUUUGUAAUUCUUUCUUGUGUAAGUUUUAUACAAAGCAACAAUAAUAACAAAUACACUCGUAUGUACGUAACAGUAAAUGAAAAUAAUUAAGCAGAAUAAACAGUGUUUACAAUUGGUAUUCGAAAUAAAAAACAAAAUUGCAACCAGUCAAAUAAAGAAAUAAAGGAAAAUAUCUACAAAAUUAACAAUGUCGUAUCGCAGUACUUAUACACCUUGGAAAUCUUCAUUGUCUCCCAAUUACAAAACUGGUGCCUCUAGUGCGUACUCCUCAAGAGAUGAUGUCAGCUCCACCUCCCGUUACAGCUCUUUGGCUUCUCCCAGUUCAUAUAGACCCUCCUUUUCGGGAGGAACAUAUCGUUUGAAACGUGAUACCCCCAUAGUGCCAGCCUCUUCAUAUGUCAGCCGUUAUUCAGCGGGUACUUCAGCAUCUGCUGCUUCGAAACCAGACACCAGCAGUACCAGUGAUUCCUCUGGUCCUAAGGUGGGCCAACUAAAACGUUAUGGCUCCACAGCUAGCAAUUUGGGUAAAUAUUCCAGAGAACCUAGUCCGGCAGCUUUGGAACAUACAAAUCGCAUAAAAAGUAGAGAUCCCAGUCCGGCCACCAGAAGUCUGAGAGGGAAAUCUAGAGAUCCUAGUCCGGCUUUGGAUACAAAAUGUAAAAUUGGUUAUGGUUCCUCUACAAAUUCUUAUAGAAUGAAUGUGCCCAAGUCCACAACCAGCAACACAUAUGGAACACGUUAUGGCAGCUCAUCAACAGCAAGAACACCAACAGCUAUCAGCUCCUCGACUUCCAUUUCCUAUCUAUCAAAUAGUGAUUUCAAGGCACGAUCCAUAAGUAAAGCCCGAGAGGUAGCCACACGCAAGUCCAAUGAAAAGGAAUUGGAAACACCAGAUGCUGAAGAUAAAAGCCAACAUGAGGAAAGGAAACAUGAAGCCACCACUGCAACCGAGGACUCAACAGCCUCUUCGGCCACCGAGGAAGAGGAGGAGGAGGACGAUGAAGAGGAAGAGAAAUUUGUAUCAGUGAAUGUAUGUACAAGACCCACUUCACCCACACCGCCUGGAGCGGCCGCUACCACCACUGUACAUCGUACCAGACGCAUAGAAAUUGCCAAAACUAUAGAGAAAACCAUACAACGUUCCACCAAGAAAAAGAAAACAUUAGACAAAAGCAUACAAUCCGAUCGUUUAGAUGAUUCCACACGUUAUUCAAGAUUUGGCUUAGGCAGUCGUGUCUCUUCUCCAUACAGUCCUCAUACAGAACGUUAUACCUCCUCAAGUUUACGCUAUAGUCACAGUCCACUUUCCACUACUUCCAAAUCUUCCUCACUAAAUUCCACUUCGGAAAGUAAAAAAGAUGAAGUAUCGGCUUCCUCCACAUCAUCAAGUAAUAAGUCUACAAAAUCUCCAAUUGCAAGCAAAUCAAAACUUUCUCCUCCCAAAUCCGUCAAAGUAAACUCAAGACAAUCUUCGGUGGAGAAUUUAAGUGCCCACAAGCCACCAGCUGCCCCCAAAGGAGAAUCUCCCACAAAAACUUCUUCAUCGUCAAACAGCAUAGCUACUAAACUGCCUAAUAAAGAUUUUCGUAAAUCGGCUCUCAAUGUGGGACCCACUGACAGGCCCAGAAAGUCCAGAACUCCCAGCACGGGCACUGAUUCUGAUUUGAAUACAGUGGAAGCUUUAAAUGGCGCCUUGCAGGCCAUACAACGUUUGGAAAGAUCUCCCAGUGCCGGCUCAGAAGUUAGCAAUGGCUCCAAUAGAUCCAUUAGGCGUACGGGUACCGAUAGUAAACUAAGACCCAGAUGUCAUAACAAAGCCUUAGCUAAUGGCUCGGUUUUGUCACCCAAAAGUCCACUGAGUCGCAAUAAUAGCACCUCGAAUAUAAAACCAAAAUCUUCCACUUCUUCCUCAAACACUACACCAUCGUCCGCGGGUUCGGCAGCCACCACUACCACCUCAUCGUCAAGUGGCACUGAAAGCUGCACAGAAAGCAAAAAGUCUAACAAGAAAAUCAUUAAGAAAAAAGCAAUUAAAGACGUCACUACCACAACAACCACUACCAACACCACCACCAGCAGCACGAGCACAACCACUAACAGUACUAAUGAUAGUCCCAACAUCAAAUCAUCUAGUGAAAAUAGCUUUUCACAACAACCACCAGCUGUUUCUGUCAACAAAGGCAAAAAGUCUGAUUCAUCCACCAGCCGUACCACCCCCAAAACCCCCUCCGAUAAAGAUCCCCUCAGACGUUUGAAAAAAUUGUCAUCGGUAUCGAACUUUUUCGCCGCACAACAGCAAGAAAACACAAAUAGCGACGAACAAUUAUACCUUGAAAGCUCUGAGAACUCAUCAGGUAAUGAUCUAGACAGAUCAUCGUCGAAGAAGAGCGUCAGUUUAACACAAGCUAACGAAACGAAAACAACGCCUUCGCCACCCGUCAAAACGAAAACUAGCGGUAGCAGCAGUAAAAGUGCCACCAAUUAUACGACAAAUUCUAUAGACGAAACCAAAAACAGUAUAGCAACAAAAUCAAACAAAACGACCUCGUCCUCGAAGUCUAAAACGAAACCAAAAACGAAAUCGAAUACGAAUAGCAAAUCUUCCAGUACUUCUACGUCAUAUUGUCCUCAGGAUACCACAACCGUUAACGAAUCGUCCAUAAUGCCCAGUGAACUGCAAACCGAAUCUUUAUCUCCCUAUACCACCACAAAUCAGACAACCUCCUCUGCUUCGGGUACCGAUCAGGAGGAUUCAAGUUGGUGGCAGGACACUAGCAGACAAAUCGAUACAGCCUCGGCUUUGGAUUUCAAUUUGAAGGAUGAAAUGCGUCUUAAGAUCAGACACAUUGAUUCGGGCGAAACCGCCUGGUGGUUGCGCAACGAUGAGGACGACACUUUGGCCGAUGAUGAUUUAAAAACAUUAAAUCAAGAGGAAGAGCUGGAAGAAGAGGAAGGGGAUGACGAGGAAGCCACCGAUCAAUUGGAAUCUCUGACUUCCACUCCCAGUGGUAAUGCUGUCAAGCUAAACGACAAACGCGGCUGGUGGAUAAACGAAACCGAUAAUGAAAAUCAAAACGAAGAUGAACAGAAUCACGAAACGAAUUACACAAAAAGUAGAUCUUCUCAUGAUUUAGAUUAUUCAGCGAAUGGUUAUUGUGUAGAAGAAGCACCUGUAGAAGCGAAACCAUUUCCCAAAAGUCGUAUUACGCCCGAAACGGACUGGUGGAAUGAGGAAAACGAAGCUGAAGCCGAAUUUACGGUUAACAAAAUUGCUUCGCCGACCAGUGACAAAUCAACCAAAAAUCUUUCCCAGUUAAGUGAUAAAUUACCCAAACAAAAUGGUUCUAUACAAUUGAAAAUCUGUCGUGUGGAAUCUGGUGAAAAGCCCUGGUGGCUGCAAGACGACAAUACAGAGGCACGACCCAACGAAACUGAAUUAACAGUAGAGGCAACUAUAGCCUUACCUAAGAAAAAUAAAGAUAAGCAGGAAAAUUCCUCUAGUAAUAGUGAUUCCAGAAGUCGCUGGAUGUCAGGACCCACCAAAAAGCUAUUCAACAUACAAAGAGCGGAAUCGGGUGAAAAAGCCUGGUGGCAGGAGGAUUCCAAUGAAUCAAAAUCGGAUAAAGAUAAUCAAACUAAAACCUAUAAACGUAAUAACUCACAGGAGCAGGAAUGGUGGUUGGAGGAAAAUCAACAGCAAAAAACUCCACCUCCCCAACAGCCCUACCAGCAAAAUGGUUACUAUGAAACACCAUUGCAGCAACAACAGCAAUUUGUUAAUACUGCAGAAGAUGAAGUAGAACUGCAGCAGUACCAACCAUCUCCUUAUAAUCACAGCAAUCUAGUAGAUUCUCAGGCGGAGCUAAGUAACUCAUUUAAUUUUGAAUAUUCCGAAAGGCCACCACCAUUGGGUCAAUGUGCCAGUCCGGUGCAACAAGAGGAAUUACUACCACCACCACCACCAAUGCAACAACAACAACAUCGCCAACUUUGUAAAUCACCCUAUGACAACAUUCCAAUGACAAAAGUUCAAACAGCCUCACAGCAGCCAAUUUUAGAAACAUCUACUAAUUUCAUGGCUGGCCCCAUUUAUCAACAAGAUGUUUACCUGAAUCAAUCACCUCUACAACAGCAGCAGCAACAACAACAACAACUGCAAACACAAUAUUUGCCUCAACAAAGGCAACCACAGCAACAGUCAAACUAUUUACAACAACCACCUACACCAUAUACUCACCCAAAUAACAAUGAAUUGCGCUCUCGCAAUGGCCAAUUAUUCAUAUCACGUCAUCAAAACAUCGAUGAGCUUUUGGGUGGUUCAUGUCGUCCCGUUAGUCCCAUGUUCUAUGACAAUAACAGCUUUCCGUUAAUGCCCCCUCAGCAACGUAACAUGUUUGUUGAGGAAAUUACACCAGACCAAGUACGCAUCCAUGACAGCACUGCACAAAUGCCCAUUAUACAACGUAUGGAGAGAGAUGACUGGCAGAGAGACUCUCCGGCGGCAAAACCAACAACUCCGCCACGAUUUGAACAGAGAAUGAUCGACGAUGCUGCCAUUCAAGUCUACAAAGAUGGUGAUUAUGGUUCCUAUUUGGAUUUGGAAUCAUCCUUGGCUGAACAGUCGGAAGAAAUUGAAGGUCUUAAUUCUAGUCGCAAAAAUUCUUUGGUGGUACGCACCCAGUUGAGUGUCAGAGUACAUGCGAUCAUUGAAAAACUCUUGUCUGCUGAAGGAAGUGACUUGAGACGUGCCUUAUUUUCGCUUAAGCAAGUCUUCCAAGAGGAUAAAGAUCUGGUGCAUGCCUUUGUGGCAUUAGGAGGACUCAAUUGUUUGGUGCGUGUUGGUAAUGGUGCUGAUCAAAACUAUCAAAAUUAUAUAUUGCGUGCAUUGGGUCAGGUGAUGCUUUAUGUGGAUGGCAUGAAUGGCGUUAUGAAACAUGAACCCACAAUGCAGUGGCUCUACUCAUUAAUCGCCUCAAAUUAUCGUUCAGUGGUUAAGACUGCAUUGAAAUUGUUGUUGGUAUUUGUGGAAUAUGCUGAAUCAAAUUGCCAUGUCUUGGUUAGUGCCAUACAUGCGGUGGACAAACAACAAGGCACAUUGCCAUGGUCAAAUAUUAUGAGACUUCUAAAAGACUACGAUAAUGCCGAUGCUGAAUUGGUAAUUUAUGCUGCUUCCCUAAUCAACAAAACUCUAGAGGGUCUCAAUGAUCAGGAUAGUUUUUACGAUGAAAGUGAUUUGUUGGAACAACAAGGUAUGGAAUCUGUGAUACAACAUUAUAUGUCCAAGCCGGGAACGGAUAUGGACUUGUUAAAUCAAUUGCAACUUUAUGAAGCAGUAUUGAAAUUUGAAGACGGUGAAUCGGAUGGUACCCGACUGCCCGACAACACUUUACGUAAGACUCAACGUUUUCGCAGUUCUACCGAUACGGCUGAACGCAGAAAAUCAAGACGUCACAGCACGGGCACUAGUCCGGGUAGUAUUAAUAAAGUCUUACCAACCCACAUGCGUUUAACACCCACCCAACCGGCCUUGGAUGAGGAUAGUUCGAGUUCAACGAAUUCGGCGGAAUUCAGUGGUGGUGUAUUUGCGGAAAAGAAACCUCGUGAUGGUGCUGGUGUUACCCCCGGCCUCAGACGUCGUCGCGAACGAGCCGAGAGACACCGAAGUUUCCUUAAAGAGCAACAGGAAGUUGCUGCAGCUGUGGCUGCCAAUGGUUUUAUGACUACGGAAGACAACAGAGGCAAUAUCGGACAACUUGUUACCGCCAUACCAGUGACAUUGAAAAAUGGCGACAGUCCUCCAGAAUCAUUAAAUAUCAUAAAUGAGAAUAAUUGCAACUACAAUAAUAACAGCAAUCAUAUCACCAAUACCACCAACAACAACCACAACAAUAAUAAUAAUAAUAACCACAACAACAAUCACAUCAAUCUAUUGAGUCCUACGAAACAAUUAUUGGGCACCAACACCAUCUCAAUUAUCAACAAUUCCUUUGAUAAAUCCAAUACAAAUAAACUACAACAUCUUCAACACAACCAUCAUCAUCAUGCGAACGCCCCAGCAGUCACCUCUCCAGCAGCAGAAUUUUACAAUAAGAAAAAUCUGUUCAUGGAACGUAAUGCCACGGUCAUUAAUGGCCUCAAGAAGAAUAUACAGCGUCACAAUACCACGGGUGAAGCCAAUAAUCUGGAAGCAGUAGUGCAUCAAAAUCACUGUGAUAAUGUUGUAAAUUAUAAGAAAUUCGAAAAUGAUGCAAAUCGUUUGAACACCUACUACAAUCAAAUCAAUAAUAGUACACCAAAGAAUCAGCAACACCAACAAUCAAUACAGUCACCACCCACCACCACCACCACCACAACAUCGCCAAUAAAACACAAUUUGUCCUCCUUAAAUUCAAGUCCAAAGAAACCCUUAAAUUCUACUACAACUUCUACUGCAACUACUACUAAUCCUUCUACAGCGGCUAGCUAUGAAUAUACACCACAAACCUCUACACCCCACAACUCGCCCCUGAAAGUGGCCGCCCAUCAAACAACAGCAUCAAUGGAGGAUAAUUUUACAACAACAACAACAUGUAGCACACCUUCAACACCUCAGCGCGUUAUGUCACCACCGGUUUCAUAUCCUGUACAAAAUGCCUAUAAUAACACUUUAAUGACCACAACAUCAGUGGCACCACCGCCUCCACCUCCGCCACCACCACCACCAGAUUUAUGGGGUUAUGCGAAUAUUAAUAUGCGUAUGCCUCCGCCUCCACCACCACCACCUUAUUAUUACCAGAGCUACAAUCAAAAUACUACUACUUCCACUAAUAAUAAUAUUCCAAAUUCCAAUCAAGCCAAUAACGCGGUAAAUACUACUAAUAAUAUAAAUCUUAACAGCAACAGUGAUCCUUCUCCUGUUGAUCUAUUACAAAUUAAUGAAUCCGAUAAUGAGGAUAAAAAACUCUUACUGCAGCUGAAACGUGAUCACACUGUUAAAGAUUUAACCCAGAAAUUGUGUAAUUUACCCACCAGUCCUACACAGGAUGAUAAAUUACAAAACCGUAUUGUUGGCGAUAUGUCGGGUUUAAUAUCGAAAGCUAAAGAGGGCCUGGCGAAAAGCAAAAGUAAAGGCGAAAUGUCAAGAUCCUCUAGUGUCGAUCAGGAAAUCAAAAAACCCGAACCUAAAAAAUCCGAAAACGAAUUGCAAUGGGAAGAAUUGGUGCGCAACAUGUCACGACCUCUCAAUUUGUGUGAUCUUGACUUUACCGAUCUGAAUUCCGAAGAUGAAAAGGACAUCCUAACACCAAGAGGCUUUGGGCGUGGCAUACCACCUCCGCCACCACCCAUUGGCGGUGUAGCACUACCACCACCCAUGAUGCCUGCACAUUUAGUGUGCCCACCGCCCAUGUCCAUGUCAAAUACCAGUAAUGGCAGUGGUGCCCUCAUACCACCACCCAUGUUCAGCUAUAGUGGCUAUGGCAAUGCCAGUCUAACCAAUAGUUUUAAUAGUUCAAUGAAUGGUUCCGUUAAUGGUGAUAUGAGUAGUAUGAAUACUAUAAAGAAAAAUAAGAAGACGGUCAAACUCUUUUGGAAAGAGGUUAGAGAGGAUCUAAUACCCAUGAGUGUGGGCAAAACCAUAUGGGAUGAAUUGCCGGCCGCCAAUGUAGAUACACAAAAAUUGGAACAUUUGUUCGAGUCCAGAGCCAAAGAUUUAAUGACAAAGAAACAACAAGAAAUGAAUAAAAGCAAAGAAGUCAUUGUGCUCGAUCAUAAAAGAUCGAAUGCCAUCAAUAUUGCAAUGACAAAACUGCCACCACCCAGAGCUAUUAAGGCGGCCAUCUUAAAAAUGGAUGCCACCGUGGUGACUAGAGAGGGUAUUGAUAAAUUGUUGAAUAUGUUACCCACCGAUGAGGAGAAGGGUAAAAUUCAAGAAGCUCAGAUGGCUAGUCCUGAGUUACCUUUGGGCAGUGCUGAACAAUUUUUAUUAACAUUGGCCUCAAUCUCCGAAUUGGCAGCUAGAUUAAGAUUAUGGGCAUUCCGUUUAGAUUUUGAUAACAGUGAGAAAGAAAUUGCUGAACCUUUAAUGGACUUGAAACAGGGCAUUGAAAUUCUUAAAAACAACAGAACAUUCAAAUGUAUUUUGUCCACCCUACUAUCGGUGGGUAUCUUUUUAAAUGGUGCUCCCGUUAAGGGCUUCCAAAUAGAGUAUUUAUCUAAGGUUCCCGAAGUUAAGGAUACAGUUCAUAAACAUUCUUUGUUGCAUCAUCUGUGUCACAUGGUUAUGGAGUCGGGUAACGAAACUACCGAUUUAUAUUCCGAAAUUGGUCCCAUUACCAGAGCCUCCAAAGCAGACUUUAAUGAUUUGGCCCAUAAUCUGGCUCAAUUAGAGCAUGAGUGCAAAGCUUCCUGGGAUCGUUUAAAGUUAAUAGCCAAACAUGAUUGUCCACCUCAGUUGAAACAAAAAUUGGUGGACUUUUUGGCCGAUUGUGCAGAGAGAAUUAUUAUUUUACAGAUGGUGCAUCGCCGAAUUAUGAUUAGAUACCGCAAAUUUUUAUUGUGGUUGGGUGUGCCUCAACACAGUGUGGCCGAUUCGCGGCCCAAUGAAUUCUGUCGCAUUGUUUCCGAAUUUGCUUUGGAAUAUCGCACCACCAGGGAGAGAGUUCAGCAGCAAAUCGAAAAGAAGGCCAAUCAUAGAGAAAGAAAUAAGACUAGAGGCAAAUUGAUUGUGGAUAUUGCCAAAUUUAAAACCAAAGAAGAUAAACAAGAUGCUGAAUUGAAAUCCCUAUUGGGCACACCCACCGUGGAUACACCCGAUGGUACUUUAACCUGGCGUCGUCGACGUGCCGAAAACUUACGUUCACCGAUUUUGCGUCAAAGCGAGGAGAAUUUCACCGAUGGUGAUGAUGAAAUCUUAGAGUCUUUAGUUAAAACCGCCACCAAAGCCCCCGGCACUAGAACCACACCCAGAGAACGUAAACGUACACGUCAUGCUGAUAGAAAAUCAUUGAAGCGUUCACGUACCCGCGAAGGAUUUACAGUUGAAAGAGUUCCAUCGCCAUAGAUUUUUAGAGCGUGAUACAUAAAUAUUUCGUCUCAAUUAUUCAUAAACACUAUAUUAAUUUAGUUUAUUUUUUAAUGUACGUCGUACUCUUAAGAACGGUUUAACCGAGGAGGAAAAACUACAAGUAGCAGCUUUAAUAAAAACCUAUUAAGAAUUCAAAUUGAAAAGAAAAUUGACUGAUUUAUUAAAUUUUGCUUAAUAAUUAUUAAAAACUUUGAUGCUAAAUUAACAGCAGACUGAAUAUGGAAAAUUAAAAAAAAAGCAAAAACCAACCACAAUUUAAAGACGAUCUCAAGAUUAAAAGGAUUUAAAUACUAUAAAUUAAGGACAAAAUAGUUUCAAAACGAAAAGGUGGUUACAGGAAUUGAAAAAGUAAACUCACUACUACAUACAAGAAAACAAUAACCAGUUAGAAAAUAUUUAUUUUAAUUGAAAUGGUUUAGGUAUUAAAACAUACAAAAAAAACGAUUAAAAUUGAAAAAUUUUAAAUACAACGAUUUUUAUUGAGUAGAAAAAAAAACUAUUAAAUUUCAUUAUGUAUAAAUAUGGAAACAGUGAAAAAAACAUUUUUAGUAUGUAUUUUAUAUUUUAAUUAUUUAAUAAUUAUUCCUAAUGAGAUUUUUUUUAAUGAAUUUUUAUGUUUUGUUUUCUUUUUUUUUAAUAAUUUCAUACAUUUUGUUUUUAAGUAUUUUAAUCGAUAAGUUAGUAAUUUUGUUAAAAAUUUUAAUUAUAAAAAAUAAGAAAUUAUAUUUAUACAUAUAUAUUUUAAUUGUUAUUGCAGCUUUUUAGUUUUGUUGUUUUUUUAACAUUAUAAAUAAAUUUUUUAUUUUAUUUUUCAUUUCUUAAACCAAAAAUAUAUAAAAAAAAUUAUCGUAAAAAACAAAUCUUAUUUAUAAUUAUAAAAAUAAACAAAUUAUAAUUUAUUUUUAAAUUUAUAUAUAAAUAUAAUGUAUAUUAAAUUAAAAAAACUAUACAUACUACUCUAUAGAAAUUAUAAAAAAAUUUCAAUAAUUUAACGAAAUCUUAUAAUUAUUUAAAUAAAUAAAUAUAAAAAUUAUUACAUAAUAAA